UUCGGAGAAGAGUGAUAACUGUUGCCUGCUGAUGUACUUGGCAAAUGAGGGCAAUGUUGGUGGGAUGGAGGAGCUUAUUGAGGGUGGAGUGGAUGUCAAUUACAGGGAUAUCGAUGAUCGAACGGCGCUCCAUGUAGCGGCUUGCCAGGGGCAGGUCGCGGUGGCGGAGUUGCUCCUCAGGAGCGGAGCUCAAGUAGAUCCCAAGGAUCGUUGGGGAAGUACGCCCCUAGUGGAUGCGAUACACUACCACAACCAUGAUAUGAUCAAACUUUUGGAGAAAUUUGGUGGUAGGCUUCAGAUGGCACCCAUGCAUGUAAAAAGUGCCCUUCAGAUCCCUGAGUAUGAAAUAAAUCCCAGAGAAUUUGACUUCAGCAAGAGUGUUGGUAUCACUAAGGGAACAUAUCGUACAGCAAAAUGGAGAGGAAUUAGAGUAGCUGUCAAAGUGCUUGGAGAAGAGCUCAUUGAAGAUGGAGAUAAAGUAAGGGCAUUCAGGGACGAACUUGAACUGCUUCAGCAGAUACGCCAUCCAAAUGUUGUGCAGUUUUUGGGUGCUGUCACACAAAGCAGUCCAAUGAUGAUUGUUACAGAAUAUUUGCCUAAGGGUGAUUUCCGUGCUUAUCUAAAGCGGAAGGGAGCAUUAAAGCCAUCAACUGCAGUCAGAUUUGCUCUUGACAUUGCAAGAGGAAUGAAUUACUUACAUGAGCAUAGACCCGAACCAAUCAUUCAUCGAGAUCUCGAACCUACAAAUAUUCUGCUGGAUGACUCUGGCCAUCUCAAAGUUGCAGACUUUGGAGUUAGCAAGUUGCUGAAUGCAGCCAAUGGUGUUCGAGAGGAACGACAUCGAUCUUGUCGGGAUACUUCCUGCAGGUAUUCAGCUCCAGAAAUUUUGCAGAAUGAAGAGUAUGGUACAGGGGUGGAUGUGUUCUCAUUUGCAUUGAUCUUACAAGAGAUGAUUGAGGGGAGUCCACCACUAUCUAAUAUUGAAGAUAGAGAAGUACCCAAUGCGUAUAUCGCUAAGGAGAGGCCGCCUUUCAACGCUUCUCUGAAGCUGUAUCGUUAUGGCCUGAAAGAGUUGAUUGAGCAAUGCUGGAGUUAUAACGCUGCGAAUAGGCCAACAUUCAGGGAAAUUAUUUCUCGGCUAUCGUCCAUCCAGAAACAUACUGCACAAAGAGCAAGUUGGCAGGUAUAUUUCUAGAUCUCUACGUCCUGUUAUUAUAUUGAGGAAAAAAAAGAAUUUUCUCUUAAAGAUUCAUAAAUUCAUCUAGCUAAUUGUAUUGCCUGAUCCAAGCUCCUGACUGUUUGCUAGAACUUGAUGGCUUUAUGUCGGCCUCUAUAUUGCUCAAGUCUGCAAUAAACCAAUAGGAGAAAAUUAC